AUGGGUGUUCAGCAGCACCCCCCAGCAUCACCACACAUGGGAGGAGCAUGGGAGAGACUGGUGCGUUCGUGUAAGACAACAUUCAAAGCAGUGUUAAAGAAACAAGUGUUGACCGAUGAAGUGCUGGCAACUACAAUGGCAGAAGUGGAAUCAUUAGUAAACAGUCGCCUUCUGACCGAAGUUAGCUCUGAUGUUGACGCAAUGGAAGCGAUUAUGCCAAAUCAUUCCUUUUAG